AUGCCUAAGAAAGUUGGUGGUAUGGGGUUCAAAAAUCUAAGUGCUUUCAAUUAUGUCGUGUUAAGCAAACAAGCUUGGAGCCUUAUGACUAAGCCUAACACUCUGGUUUCGUGCCUUUACAAGGCUAGAUACUUUCCCAAUUGCGAUUUUCUAAAAUCAGAGAUUGGACAUAAUCCGAGUUAUGUUUGGCGUAGUAUUUGGAGUGCUAAAUUUAUGGUGCGAGGAGGUUACAAAUGGAGCAUUGGUACGGGCGAGUGCAUCUCGGUUUGGGAUCAAAACUGGUUAUAUGAUAGUUCUGUGGUUUCUAAUUUGUGGCCCGACAAUCCGAUGGUGGAAAAUCUCAAAGUUUCGGAUCUUAUUAACCCAACCGGUAAACAUUGGAAGUUGAAUUUGAUUUAUCCGUUAGUAGGUGGUGAAGUGGCGCAGAAAAUUGUCAACACUCCAUUAUUCGAAGCCGUUCAUGCGGAUAAAAUGGUUUGGAAUCUUGAAAAGAACAGUUGGAGAGACGCACAACAGGCCAGGAGCAUAGCUUCUCCUAUAGAUCAAUCGGUAUCUGAUCCUAAGUGGUGCAAGCCACCCAGCAGUUGGCUAAAAUGCAACAGUGAUGCAUCUUUUUCUAGUAAUAAGGUUGGUAUAUGUGUCUGUAUCAGAAACGAUGAGGGUAUGUUUAUUACAGCACAGACGAAAUGGUUUUCUCCUAUUACUGAUGUUGAUACCGGCGAAGCUCUGGGUCUCUUGGCUGCUAUUAAUUGGGUUUUGGACCUGGGCUAUGAUAAUGUGGUUUUCGAGUCGGACUCUAAAAGUGUAGUGGAUAGUGUGACUAUUCCUAAGCCAAACGACUCAGAUUUCGGCACCAUUACUGGAGUUUGUUUUCAGCUUCUGACUCACUCUACUAGGAACUUUCAGGUUAAGUUCAUUAGAAGACAAGCUAAUGAGGUUGCUCAUGCUUUGGCUAAGACAGCUCCAUCUCUUGCUAGUUUCCAUAUUUUUAACGAUGUACCUACUUGUAUUUACAAUCUUAUUAUUAAUGAAAUGAUUUAG